AUGGAUAAACACAAUAAGCUCACUUUCCUCGAGCUCAACAUCAACGGGCUCGGCAGUAACGGGAAACAAGAGAGAUGCACGAAAUGGAUAAGGAAGGCGACGGAUGUGGUGGUUCUUACCGACACCAGGAUUCCGGCAGACCAUAAUUUCUGUACUCAAGUCAGAUCCGAGGCUCAAGCGGUGGUGUCGCCGUCGCAGAGGGCCGGAGGUGUUGCGGUGUUGGGAUUCCUGAAGGGGAUGAGGUUCACAGACGUGGUUACGCAGGAAUCAGGUCGGCUCAACCUGGGGCCGUCGCAGCAUACGAUGCUCCUAGGGGCGGACCCUGAGUUGGACAAGACCUCGAAGCUCGGCACGACGGCGGAGAAUCUGAGGCUCCUGCAGAUUUGCUCGCGUUGGGACCUGCAAGAUGCUUUCCGCAGCCUCCACCCAACCCGGAAGGAGUUUACGUUCUUUUCGAGAUCUGCACGGACGAGCACGAGGAUUGACAUAAUAUUAAUCUCACACUCGCUACUAGGCAGUGUCGUUGACGCUCGGCAAAAGAUGGUCCCCUACGGUCUGACAGAUCACUCGUUCACGGCGGCGGUGACGGUCAAGUCAGCUACGUCGGAAGAGAAUGGCCCGGGCCUCUGGAGGCUGCAGGCUCCUCAGGCAAACGGGGAAGGCACCAGGUGGUUAGUCUCAGCGGUGAUGAGUAAGCAGUCGGAGCAGCAGGCCCAAGGCUUGACGCGGCUGAUAGCGAACCUGCGCGCAUGCAUGAGGGCACACGUGGCUGAGGAAAGGAAGCGGGUGAGGGCUACCAUCCGGCAUCUGGAAAGGAAAGUAGAAAACUUACGGUGGAGGGUGAUGGCGGAGCCGCUGGCUCAGGACGUAUACGAGGAGUUGGUGAAGAAUGAGGUGGCACUGAAGCUGUACCAGGACAGCAAUAGGGAGCGACUGCAGAUCAUGUCGGGGCUGAUGCUGGAGCUGGCAGGAGAGUCCCCGUCAGGUUUCUUGUCGGGCCUGGUCACAUCGCGAAAGGCAAAGACGGAGAUACAUGAGCUCAUACUCAACGGGAAGAGCUGCAAGGGUGCGAGAGAGUUCAAGCUUUUCGAGCGAUCAGCGGUGCUCUCCAAAGCCUUUACGACGGCGGUGACCAUACUCCUGCAUAAGAAAGGGGACAGAGCGGUGUUAAGCAACUAUAGACCGAUCACGCUCCUAAGUUUUUUCUACAAGCUACUAGCGAAGGUGCUGGCGAAUAGAAUCAAGAAGGUGCUUCCGAGGGUGAUCUCUCCAAACCAGUUCGGCUUCCUCACUCGCAGAAGCCUGAAGGAUGCUAUCUCGCUGGUUGCGGAUGUAAUUGAUGCGGCGGCGGAGGAGGACGAGGACUGGUUGCUGCUGCUCGUAGACUUCCAGAAAGCCUAUGACUCAGUGUCCCGCGAGUACCUGUUCAAGACACUGGGGGACAUGGGCUUUUCGGCGGAAUUUACGGCAUGGGUGAAAGGGUUUCAUGACGGUGCAGCCACAAAGCUCCUGCUCAAUGGUUGGCUGGGGGAGCGGGUGGAGAUGCAGAAAGGUGUGCGACAAGGCUGCCCGCUCGCCCCUUAUCUGUUUCGAUGUGCGGUCGAGCCACUCUGCCAGGAGGUGGAGAGGAGAGGUUUGGGGAUAAAGAAGAGGGGAAUCGGGGCGAUGGAAUACGUGGGCUACGCCGACGACACUACGCUGGUGCUAAAAGGGAAAGAGCAAGUGUUACAGGCGAAGUCCCUACUUGACGACUUUGCAUCGAUCUCGGGAUUGAAAGUCAACCAGGAGAAAACGACUCUGAUGCCGCUUGGGAAGAACCGGAGACGGUUACAACCAGAUGACUCACCUUUCAGUUGGGCAGCGAAUGGUGUGGCUGAACGGCUGCUCGGGGUGUGGAUAACAUCGGGCGGCUCACCGGAACCGGCGUGGGACAAUGAGUUUGAGCGCGUGAGUGCGGUGCUGAGUUGCUGGUCGUCAAAACACCUGAAGACUUCGGCACGCGUCACCAUCAUCAACUGCUAUGCGGUGCCGAUACUGCUUUUCCAGGCGCAGAUCUACACCCCGCCGCAGGACAUCUGGAAAAAGGUGAAGAGGCUGUGUCACAGCUUCAUCACGCACAGAGUAAACAGCACAGUCAUCCAGAACUUGGGGAAGGCGGUGGCAGAACAGGAUCCUCUACGCAACUGGCUGUGGGAGAAAGCGGUGGGUUUCCCGCUGGGCCUGGCCACGGUUUAUGUGCACCCGUCAAUCUUGAAGCACUGGCUGAAAGGCGGGUUCAGCAUCUUCUUUAGAGGCAAGUCUCCUUUCGGCGGACAGAAAGGGUCUCUCUGCCUGAAAGAUGUUAAGCUGGGGGACCUGUUGAAAAGAGGGGCGGACGGAAGCAGGGAGCUGAAAGACGACGCCACACUCGAGAGGGAACUGGGAGGAGAAGAUCAGCGGAAGAGGGCGACCAAGGCAUGGGGAGCGGUGCCGAAGAAAUGGAGGGAUAUGGUGCUUAAAAAACUGGCGGCGGAGGAAGUUUUCAUGGCUACUAGCUUGGUUCGUACUGCAUCAUACUGGCCGGGGGAGGUGUUGUACUACAGCCUGAAGAACGCGAUGGAUGGAGUACUAUACGGCAGGAGGGUGGAAGUUGACAAAAAGGGGUACAUCAGCCGGGUACAAUACGCGGACAUGAGAGUUGUUGACGCGUAG